AACUGUCAAGAAAUCGAAAAAAACAAUAAAUAUAAUAUGUAUACAAAAUGCCUAACAAACUGCCUUCUCUGCACUUCUCUGCAUUCCUUUUUUUCACAUAACCCGAUCUUACCAAAAACAAAAACAGUACCUGAUGAUUUGCACAGUUCACGCAGGCUGAUAACCGAUAACGAUGUAGCACGUACUUUGGAUCGUUGUUUUAGUGUUAUACAAGAGUCGAGUAAAACGUGGAGUGGUCAAACGGCCUCGGCUUUGGCUCAAAGAAAACCUUUAUCGGCCACUAGUUCCAUACAAUUAGCUGUGACAAGUUACUUGAGCCGUUUCCUUAAAGCUUCGGUAUAUGAAAAGAUUAAAAAACGUCAAACCCGACUGGAUCACAAUCUCUUCGAUGUCAUCUGGCCUGCCUUGAGAAAAACUAGCAAGGAACGUAAUCUGGAAGAGGAUAUUAAUUGUGGCAUUAUAGCUCCUGAUUUUGAUGUUUAUGUGGUAUUUCAAGAGUUUUUAGUGCCCCUGAUCAAAGAUAUGCACUGUUUGAAUAUUAGUGCGGAUUUUAAGCCUCAUCCACGUAUCGCAUACUUUCCCAUGGAAAAUGCUGAACGUCUCAAUACGGCCUAUUUUGUAUUUGAUGAUGAGUCCAAUUUAAUUUCACGCACAAUAGUGGAAUGUUCUAGAAAUUUGGAAAGAUAUGAAUUGCCACUGAAUCUGACAAUAGGGCAAAUUGAACAGGCCGAACGUCUUAUGAUGGGUAAAAUCUUCAGCUCAGCCUUUAUAGAAGCCAUAGAUGAGGCUGAACCGGGUAGUUAUUAUACCUUAACGGAAAUAUUGGAAGACAACUCGGAUAUCUAUGAAAUGUUGAAUGAAUAUGGGCUGUUGAUACCUCUGCUAGAUCUUAAAGAUUGUACCCAAUUAGCCGAGUCCACGGCUUUUAAUGGCAGCUUAUGGCCUUAUGGUCGUGGAGUUUAUAUCAGUUCCUCAAACAAUCUGGCUUUGUGGUUAAAUUGCCAAGAACAUUUACGUAUCAUAGGCACUUCUACGAUGAAAGAUGGAGCCGAUAUUGGAGCGGUUUAUACACGUGUUGGAAGAGCCAUUUCAUUCUUAGAACAGCAAAUACACUUUAAAGAAAGCUAUUUACUAGGUUAUCUGCAGGCAAGACCUUCAUACUUGGGUACUGGUUUGAAAAUGACCACAAUUCUACGUUUGCCCAAUCUGAUGAAAGAAAUGGACAAUUUACGCCACCUUUGUUCGGUGCGGGGCUUGUACUUGACCACUAAUCUAAACUCGAAAAUUAGUGUACGUUUGAUAAACAUGCAGUCGAUGGGUGCUUUUGAGCAUGUACUCUUUCAGGACUACUGCACAGCUGUUACGAAUAUUAUAUCGUUGGAAAAGGAUAUGUCGCUGACGAAUUCCAAGCACAUCGCCUCAAUGUUGGUUAAGAUAUUUCGUCGUAAGAAAACUAGUUUAGUGGAUCGCGACUAAAACAAAAAAAAAAAAAAAAAAAUUAUCUGCUUAACUUGCUAGUACUCAAUUUUGUUACUACUAAUGAAAAUGAGUACAACAAUACCCAUCCACAUCUAAACACCUCAACUUGUAUAUACAAAAAAUACCGUUAUGCAUUUUAAUUAAUUUAAACUUGUAUAUAAAAAUAACAAUCAACUUCACCUUUAAUUCUUCUAAACUGUAUUAUACAAAAAAAAAAAAAAAAAAAAAAAAAACAAACAAAAACAAAAAAGUUUCACUU